AGGUAUGUGAUGUGCCAGUAUAAAAGGUGCCCCGAGUCUCACACACACACACACACACUCACACACACACUGACAUCCUUUGGCAACAUGAAGGUCCUGCUGGUCACACUGAUGCUUCUGCUGCUGUGUAGCACUCAAGUGCUCACGCUGAGAUGCUUCACCUGCAAUGGAGGAGACCAAAAUCCGUGCACCACGGUGACCGAGUGCUCGUCAGAAGAAACCGUCUGCAAGACCACCUUCAGCAGUAAUAAAAUCCAAAAAGGAUGUGCACCAGCAUGCGAUGAGAAGGAGCCGUUGACGUCCUGCUGCGAAGUCGACCUUUGCUAGUGGAUGAAAGCAGCAUGUCGUUAAAGCUUAACAAUCAAUUCUUACUGUACUCGACUAGAAACUACAUUCAAUUACUUUUCUUCUUCAAUUUGAUUUAUCAUCUCCCAGACAUGAUUUGCUUUUAAUGAAGCUGCAGUGCAAACACACACACACACACACACACACUCUUAAUCCCUCCCUCAUGUUGCUUAGUGGGUCAUCUCAUUUCUAUGUGGGUCGCUGUCUGUCACCGCUGCAAUGUUGUAGCUAAACUGCUGUCUCAAUAAAAAACACAACGUCCUCUAAUCUCA